AUGCUUGAUGUUAUAGGUAAAGCUUGUAAUAGUAAGCAAUCAUCUGCUAUUAAAUUGAUGAAACGUACAUCGACUAUGUUUAUGCUCAAUAUUUCUUAUGAUUGUUUAAUUUCUAAUUCUCAAAAGUUAGCUGUGUUUAAAGAUAAUAUCAUUUCAACACAAUGCACAAUUUACUUGAUUUAUGAUUUCCCUAUCAUUAACCGUACAAAUGUUAUCAUCACUUGUAAUAAUAUUGUAAAUAAACCGGGUCAAGAUUGGAAAUUUGUCUUUGGGAGUAUAAGUGGCCACAAGUCACGUAUUGCAAACGAAACAUUUAUUAUCACACUUGAACCAGUGCCUCUCAAACAUAUAACGAAAUUGAACAUAAAAAUUAAUGAAGCCAUCACAGAAGCAUCAAUCUUUGCACCUCAAUGUCAUCAAGCAGCAGAAAUGAAAUAUCUUAGCGCCCGAUGUGGAAGAGAUAAUAGUCAACAAAAACCUCUUUCGAACAACUGCACAUUUACAUGUCCUGUGAAACCAGGUGUCAUUUAUGCUAUAGUAGUCAUUCGUAAUCCUAUUAACAGAUAUGAUGGAAUGCAAAAAAUCAGUGAACCAAAUAAAGCAACCAAUUUCCGAGUCGAAUUAAACAAGAUCAAUAUUACUGUAGCAUUAAUUUAUUUCACAAUGCCACAAGGUCUUUUCGAUUAUAUUCAUAUUAUUUGCAAUGCAUCCUAUCAACGCUGUGAAAAUUUAAGUUCUCAUUUAACAGGCAGCAUUCACAGCACUUGUACUAAUUGUACACAUAUGGCUAUUACUCCAAUUGUGGGAGGUCUCAAAUAUAUAUGUUGGGCAAAUACUUCCAGAUCAGGAGUUAGUUCCGUACAAUAUGAAGCGGUAAAUUUCACUACACGUAAGUGA